CCCAUCCCCUCUCCUCCCGCGACCCCCAUCCCGCGAGUCCGGUUUCCCGCCGCCUCUGAUCAACCUCUCUCGCAGCUCGGCCGCUACUCCGCCCUGUUCCUCGGUAUGGCCUACGGAGCCACGCGCUACAGUUACCUAAAACCUCGGGCAGAAGAGGAGAGGAGGAUAGAAGCAGAGGAGAAGAAGAGGCAGGAUGAACUGAAACGGAUUGCCAGAGAAUUGGCAGAAGCCCAAGAUGACAGCAUAUUAAAGUGA